CUAGCAGAAGAGAUGGACGUGCCAAUGGCCCGCAGCGUGCUGGUAACCGGAUCCAACCGGGGCAUCGGCUUGGAGCUGGUCAAGCAGUUGGUGGCGGCAAGCAACCGGCCACAGUGGAUCUUCGCAACCUGCCGCGACCCAGAUGGACCACGUGCCCAGGACUUGAAGAAUUUGGCUCUGCAGAACCAGGGAGUGGAGAUCACCCAGCUGGACACUUCCCAGCCAGCCAGCGUCCAGGCUGCUGCAGCCAGAGUGUCCGAGCGGCUGAAGGGAGCCAGGCUCAAUCUGCUGAUCAAUAAUGCUGGCAUGGCUCUUCCAAGCACUCUGAAGUCUGAGAAGCCAGAGGACAUGGCUGAGGUGUACAAGACCAAUGUGAUUGGGCCCAUGGUGGUGAGCCAGGUGUUCCUGCCCUUGCUGAGGAAGGCAGCUCAGGAAAGCCCCCAGAAAGGGAUGAGCUGCAGCAAAGCGGCCAUCAUCAAUAUGUCCAGUGAAGCUGGCUCCAUCGCUAAUCUCUUUGCAUGGGAGUACGGACAAGUUGUCAAUUACCGAUGCAGCAAGGCUGCUCUGAACAUGCUCACACGGUGCCAGUCAUUGAUAUUUGCCAAAGAGGAGAUCCUCUGCUCUGCAGUGCAUCCUGGAUGGUUAAAGACAGACAUGUCAAACCACCCGGUAGGUGACCCAUGA